AUGGCCGAAAAGCGCAAACUUCCCUCGCGGCGUGAGUCUGCAGCUAAAAGACGUGUCUCCGAAGCCGCACCGCAGUCUCACAAGAAAAAGGCACCAACGCCUCGCGCCGCAUCGCCGGAACCAGUUGACGCCCCUUUGCCAACGAAAGUCAAGGAUGGAGACAGCUUACCUAUUGUCCGCAUGCGCCAGCCACUUUCCUUGCCUGACAAUGAGUACCAGUCAAUCGCCGAAAGUGCAGUCCUCCUCGCCUCACUCGAACGAUCGAAGAAAAAGUGGCUGAGUGAUGGCAUACUUGUUCGAUACUACACAAAGCCGAAGAAGACGAAGCGCGAACAGACCGAGAAGAACAACCCAUCCAAGGACACCAUGACGAAAAUCGGUCCAUGCGAUAUUACCAUUGGUCCCCACUUCUUUGAUGCCAUGAUUUACAUUGUCAAAGAUCCCAGUGCACCAGCAGCACUCCAAUACGCACCAGCUCAACGACCGAUGGUUCACUAUGGCCACCCUAAUAACUUCCAACAAUACCGACCGUAUCCCACGCCAUCGAACCAACAACGACCUGUGCAAUAUUCCCCGGCUCCUCCGGGUCGCCCUGGUUAUGCAGGAAGCCAACCCUCGCCCCAGUCAACUCGUGGUCCGAAUCAACCCUCCCCCCAAGGAGGACAAAAGCCAUCACAAGGGCACAAAGGCCAACCUGCUAAGCCGAGUCCAGAUCCCGUGAUUCAAAUGCUGGCUACAAGGGCAGCCGCAGACCCUGAACUGAAGGCCUUGAUGCGCGUUGUUGCCUCAAGUCAAGCAUCCCAGGAGCAGCUCCGGGCUUUCCAGGCACACAUCGACGAACUCAACGCCAUAAUCAAAUCAAGAGAACAGCAAGAACAACGGCAGCAAUAUUCAACAGCACAACCAAUUACACAAAAGUCGACCCCAACACCUCAAGCUCAGACUCAAAACCAACAAGAUAGUGGGACGAAGCCAGUAUCGCUAGAUCGACCAGAAAAUUCGCAAACGCCAUCCAAAGGUCUCAAGCAGCCACCUGCGAAGACGGAAGGGCAGCCUCAGACUCCUGCUCAAGCCCCGACAAGCCAGACUCCCAAACCUCCCCAGAGCAUCACCGGGUCGAGCACGAUAAAAGAAGAGCAACCAGCCGCAGAGCACAACAGCUCCCAGCCUGCGCCGCCUGAAGGAGGGCGCGCAGUGGCACCAACUCAAUCAGCGACCCCUAGUGCUGCAAGCACCCCGGUCCCCGCUUCUACCUCCCAGCAGCAGCCUCCUGUGGUAAACCCGGCACCACUAGGCAGUGCUCAACAGCCAGGAGCACGACCGGGACCACCAUAUGCCCCCCUCCAGCAACCUGCUUAUGGGUCCCAACCUCCACUUCAGUCUCGACCACCACAAUUCGGUGCCCCUGCUCCAUUUCCCCGUCCGCAUCCUAUUCCUUACGUCUCCCCGCUUGGAUCUCCGCCGGUAAACUACAAGUCUGUGGUGUUUGAAUUCACAUCCCCCUUAACUCCAUAUGGAAGUAGCACAUCAGGCCAUGCGGGCUCGGGUGACCGCUAUCUUUUCCCUGAGUAUACUAUCCUGGAAUGGCUUCCUGCCGAGAACACUGUCAUCGCCUCGUUUUUGAUAGUACGGAAAGUAGCUCCAAACACACCAUUCCCUCUUGAGACUGCCGCAGAAGCUGCCAACUCCAAAAGUAAAGGGAAGGGGGCAUCGAAAGCUAAGAAGGGAGAAUCAAAAGUCAAAGCCGACAAGGGAAAACUACCAACCGAUAUUCCAACCCCCGGCCAGCCAGGCACACCUACACCCGGAACGCCGCAAAAGCAGGAACCCGCCGACCAAACAGGAGUCCUAACCCCCAGCCUCCCAGGGACUCCUGCCAAUGAGGCGAAUCUUAAGGAAUACUGGCAGCCAGUUACGUUCCGCAUCCAUGCCCCCAAUGCCAAAAUCCUCGAGCCUCUAGCCCGCGUCGUCAAGCCAGCCGACGAGGUGCGCAAGUAUAUGAACGAUAUCAUGGACCGCGCUGAGCGCGCGCCAGAUGGCUACCUGGCCAUGCGUCUACCUCGCGAGGCGGCCUCAGAAUCAUUCGAAAAGGACGGGACACCUGCUUCCUCCGGCAAUUUCGGUACCGGCACCCGCAGUCGUCUUUCCCGUGUUCAGCUCGCUGGCGAUGAAUCUGAGGCAGAGGUCUCUGGAUUCGAAUUCGAGGAGGACGAAGAAGAUCUCAAAGAUUUCUAUGAUGCGCCAAGUGGAUUACCCCCGUUGAAAGCAUGA